AUGAAGUUCUCUGUAGAGAAAGCAUUGUCUUCCGGAGGCAGGUUGGGGUUGAUCACUCAGGCAAGCAAAUGUGGGAACAUAACACUAGAGACACCUAUGUGUACACUUUUCACCAAGGGAGGUAGUGCUCCCCAUCUCCAUAUGGACAUGUUGAAACGGGUGGCACUGGUUCCAGAUGUUGCUGCUAUGAGUCUCGGAUCUUUAGCAGAUCACCAUGAAAGUGUUGCAGAGUUUGGGAAAGGCCUUGGAGAGUUUGCAGCAAUGAAGAACAAGCUUGUAUUUACAACCCUCCAUGAUGCUAGCCUGGCUCUGGCAACCGGCAAGAAUGACAACUCAGGGGUGGCUGUUUGGGGCAAAGGGGGCAAGAUUAAGCUGGACACUGCGCUGUUCAUGAAAGUCCAAGAAGCAUUUCAGCCAGAUUGGUUUCAGGCCAUGAGUGAUGGUGACACAGACAGAGAAUGUGGCCAGAAACGUCUGCAUAAGUCGGUUGACAGGACUUUAGAUUUCUUGGAUGAAAUUGUAGAGAAAAUGCAAAACAGUCAGAUUCUGAGCAAGUCUAGUCUGAUCGGUGUUAUUGAAGGAGGCUUCAGUGAGGUAGAGAGAGUGAGGUCCGCCAAGGAAACAGCUUUACGACCUGUGCAGGGGUUUUUGAUUGAGGGAUUUGAAAAAGGCAACAGCGGAAAAGACCUAUUUAGCCAUGACACCUUCUCUAAUAUACUAACUACAACUAUUAAAUGCCUGCCAGAAGACAAGCCCCGCAUGAUGGAAACUGUGUGGUCUCCACUGCAAGUGAUCAAAGCUUUCAGACUUGGCAUUGAUGUGUUUUCUAGUGCUUACCCACACACUCUAGCGGAACAAGGGCUUGCCUUAGUGGCUGACUACUCUCUUCCCCCAAGUUCUCAAGCUGCUCGACUGGAGUUGGGAUGUACAAAUCCAUGCACAGAAGACCAGACGUUAUAUACGGACCUCAACAUUAAGUUUUUUCUUUGUUUUACCAUGCCUAAUUUCGCCAGAGGGUGUAUUCUUUGUUUCACCAUGCCUAAUUUCCCCAAGGGACAUAACUUCCACCAGUACUUUGAUUUCUUCCACCACCUGCGGAAGGCAGUUCUGGAGGACAAGUUAGAUGAACUAGAACAAAGUUUAGAACAACAGAAUGGAAAUAAAUGA